UCAGGGGGGGAGUGGGGAAUGAGGAGAAGUGGGAAUCCUUGCUGUGUUUUGCUGUUCUUCGCAACCUGGGAGCUGAGAGUAGGCAACUGUCAGGGAGCUCUGCGCUUCAGAUUGGCUGAAACUUGCAUUCUUUCGCUGUCUUGAGCAACUAUAUCACCAACGGAGUCCAGCACAUUACCACAAGCACAAAAGCCAAAUACUGCAGAUGCUGGAAAUCUGAAAUAAAAACAGAAGCUACAGACACAACGCAGAGAAGCUGACCAACAAUGUUCAUCACGGUCACAUACGGAGAAGAUCAGAAGGAGAUUUUCAACCACCAAUGUCGAAUUGUGAACCUGGUGGAAAGCAUCAAACAGAAGUGUAACUGUGGAGCUGAAGUUUGUAUUGAUCUCAUUGAUGAAGCUGGAAACCUGAUGAAUCUUAGUGAUCAGCAAACGUCCACAGAAUUUGCCAGCAACUACCUGACAACACAGAAGAAAUAUAUCCUCAUCCAAGUAAAACGAGAUGAUUUUGAGUCCUGCAAAUAUGAAUCUUUGUUGAAGAAUCUGGAGCAACGUCAUCCUGAGCUGGCAGAUUGUCUACAGAAGCUGUCAAACCCUAAAGUUAAAGAGAGGAAUGACUCUGUGCUAAAGAGGAUGCGCCGCUCACCAAAGAUUCCCUUGACAUCCGAAGGCAAAUCCACAUUUCGGAAGCAGAGAAAACAUCACCCCAACGUCUAAAGCUGUUCGACUGUUACUGCACGAUUUUGUUCCUUCAUUGUCAAGAGCCCGAUCUACAGUAUGUUUGGAACUCCCUCAUUACAUACAGAAGUACUGGACAGUUUAUAGGCUAUUUAGGUGCCUAUAAUCAGUGUGUUACUGACAAGGGUACGUGUGUGUAUGUAAACAAUAAUAAAAUGUGUUUUACGCAAAGGA